AUGAUCCAACAGAUUGAAAUCCCGGAAGACCAGACGGCGAAUCAGGCCAUCCUUGACGAAGAGACCGAUGAAGACACUGAUAUCGAGGACCUCGAGGAUGAUGACAUCAGAAUGGCUGAAGAUAACGAAGUCGAGGAGCAGGGACAACAACAAAGCGAAGAGCAGGAAAAAGAAGACUACGGGAGAGCGCGGGAGCUGGAAGAUGCAUACCUAACGCCACCAGCUUCUGACCCGGAGGAAGAAGAACCACAUGGAGUCUUUUCGGUUCACUUUCCAUACGCUGACCCUAAUGGGGUGGUGCUGGAUCAGUCAUACAUCGACCGUUUUGCCGACUUCGUCCCGGUGCCAAUUGAGGACGGGGUGCACGGAGCCUUCACAGCAGGAAGGUUGUUCAGACCGAAAAGCGCAAAAGUCCACAAGAGAGACCUACCCGAGCCUCCACAGACGCAGAAGCAACUAGAAAAACACCCGUAUAGAGAGGAAUUCACCCAGGCUCAGAGAGACCACCUGGCCUCACAUGCGGAAAUGGGCUCGUUUGACGAGGUCUUCUGGACGAAGGCUGCUGGAAAGCAGUGCAAAGCUCGCCUCGUUGUCUGUGGCAAUCAGCAAGAAAAGGGGGACCUGCCUACUCGAGCGACUACCCUCGCAGGAAUGUCGUUUCGUACGCUAAUGGCCAUUGCCGCGAAACACGACCUCGAAUUGGAACAGAUGGAUGCAGUCAAUGCUUUUGUUCAUGCCCCCCUCGACGACGAAGAAGUUAUCUUCAUGAGGAUGCCACCGGGGUUCCAGAAGAGGGGGAAAGUCCUACGCCUGAGAAAAGCUCUCUACGGACUACGCCGCUCGCCGCUCCUCUGGCAACAGAUGCUUACGUCGUCUCUAGAGGAACUGGGAUUCAGAAAAGUUCCCCAGGAGCCGUGUGUCAUGAUGAAGGGAGCGGUGACCGUCUUCUUCUACGUUGAUGACAUCAUCUGGGCAUUCCGGAAGGAGGACGAAGGGGUCGUCGAAGAAGCUACUCGGGGACUACAGAAAAAGAUCAACCUAACUCGGCUUGAGAACCUCGCUGGUUCUUGGGAUUCGUAUCCUCCGCGAUCGUCAAAGGAAGACGCUUUGGCUGACGCAAGACGCCUAUAUCGACAAGAUCGCGUAUAA